UGCGUAAAUCGAUAUCUUCUCUUUCCUCGUGUUUCACCAUUUUUUGCCUAUCGCAAGAUUGCUCUAUUUCGACCUUGUAGGAGGACCCUGCAAAUCCCAGCCCAGAGAGUGGGUGACGCACGGGGCUGUAUUAGCGGGAGGCGCAUUACGGACCCUUUAACAACUCCGAACGUUGAAUGUCGACGAGACCCAACAAGAAACGACCGAGUACCUACAGUUACAGUUACAGGAGAGUUACGAGUUAACAACAACCUACUAAAUCACCGGACAAUCAGUGUUUACUUGCUGCUUUGUCAUCAUCUAUCAUACUGCGGUCAAAAGCAACUUUGUCCUCAACUUCAAACCAAGUCCAAAAGGAUCAAUACCCUUGCUCCUCCCAGACAUCGGCGCCAAUCAUUCGACGCUCGCUCCAGCAUCGUCAGCUCCGUGAGGCAGAAACGUACCAAGACCAACCAACAUCACCGUUCGGUUCUGAAACCGUGAUAGUAAUUGCAUUGCAUCCCGGCGCCUUCCCAUUUGAGCCUUAAUUUCCCUACCUACCUACCUACAUCUUCAACUUUUGCGAGUCACGACUUGACCUCACCUCAACAACUUUAUUGUUCCUCAUCUAUCUAGUUGCCAAACACUGCUAUAACUCUAGGCAUCAUCUCGCCUCCUGUUCCAAGAAGCCCCCCGAUUCCUCCACCCCUAGAGUCGCCCGCUGUGGCGCGAGCUUCCAACACAGCCAUGAAGUCCAUGAAGGGUCUUGGUAUGAGCAAGGUGCUCGGUAGCAUCAGAAGAAAAGCCAGCAAUGUCUCCAAUCGAGCAUCUGACGGACCCUCCGGAGCUUCACCUUCAGGCACGACACCGGCCGGAACACCCGAGGCUACAGCUCACAACAGCGUGGUAUGUCCCUAUAUUAUCGCGCAUCCUGCGAAACCGUCCCUAUCGUCCAUCUGGCCAUCGCUGACCAGAGCCUAGAAAGCAUUUUGCGAAUCUGGAGGAAAGUCCAAGCAAGAUGAGGUUCUCUUUCUCCCUCCUAUCGUCGAUGCCGCCGAAUCCUCCCCAGCUGCUGCCGCAGAAUGCGCGCGCCUAAUCCGCAAGUACCUGUCCAAAGAAUACUUUUCAAAGCCAUCAUGGCAGUACAACGCAAUCAUGCUCUUGCGCAUCUUGACCGACAACCCCGGCGCGACUUUCACACGGAACCUAGACCAAAAGUUCGUCGAUACUGCGCGAGGACUCCUCAAGGCUGUACGAGACCCCAGCGUGCGCCAGAUCCUCAUGGAGACACUCGAUGAUUUCCAGCACACCAAGGCGUACGACGAAAACUUGACUUUGCUUGUUUCAAUGUGGCAAAAAGAGAAGGAACAAGCUUACAAGAACUUUGGAGGACCGCAGCAGCCCAUGAUGUCGCCAGACAGUUUUAACACCCCUCCUCCAAACCCACACUCGCAGAAUUACUUUGCGAGACACCACACGAACAAGCGCUUGCCUGAUCCCAUUGAGCUAGCCAGCCGACUCGAAGAAGCCCGAACAUCAGCUAAGCUCCUAGAGCAAGUUGUCAUGAAUACGCCUCCCGGCGAGAUUCUCGACAAUGAGCUCAUCAAAGAAUUUGCUGAUCGAUGCUCAAGCGCAUCUCGCAGUAUCCAAGGCUACAUGACGUCUGAGAAUCCCACUCCUGAUAACGACACGAUGGAGAAUCUCAUCGACACCAAUGAGCAGCUACAGACUGCGCUCAACCAGCACAAGCGAGCUGUCCUGAGCGCUCGAAAACAACUGGGUUUGAACGAACGAUCCGACUCACAGUCGCCCAGUUUGACCCCUCAGAUUCAGUCCCAGCAGCAGCAAGAGCCUCAACGUGAGAUCAACGGCAACAAUCACUACUUCAGUAACGGAUCUGGAUCAGGUUCCGGCAAGGGUAAAGAGACGCAUUCUUACCCACCACCUCCAGGUCCUCCACCCCAGAAUGGUGAGGGAAGUUCAAACCGACCCUAUGAAGAGCCCGCCGAGAACCCUUUUGCAGAUCCUCAGCCAGGCAAUUCUUCCUCGGUCCAGCCACCAUCCAACACAGCGGCUCAGUACUCCGAACACGAACGCCUUGCAUACGAGCCCUUCCAUCCUGGCUUCAAACCCACGGAAAGCUAUCUGGGCCGACAAGACAGCGCCAUUGGUAAAGUCCACAUGCACGGUGCUGGAGUUUCGACACCAUCAGCACAGCCUCCAGCACAGCAACGACUCGACGAAGUCUCCGACGACGAUGACAUCUACGAUGCGCCAAGUGGACCACCACCCAAGAGCAAGGAACCUAUAUACCGGUACUAGAGGCGAUGUUAGGAAUGGACAAACGCACACGAUGACUGCUGUCUAUAAACCAAGCGCCACAGUUUACUGGGAUUGCUAGAUGUGCUGCGUUUCUUCAACUUGAGAUGUCAACAACUGGGGUCGAGUAACCCCAAAUUUGUGACGGAUGAACUCUUUUGGAAAGGUGGAAUUGUGUUUCUGGAUCGACAUUCUUGUGUUAUCGUCCAUGCAUGAAAUAGGUUGGCGCGGCGAAAGGGCAGAUUCCUAUAGCGUUCUUGUUGUACCUAUCGUAUCGUUAAUUGCGUCAAGGCAAGGGCAUCAAUACCCGUUCUCAGCCCUUGGGACGAAUUGUUCUUGAUCCUGUGUCUCAGUCAGUGUGUGCAGUUAAGGUGGAGUUAUCACCUUCCGUCGUCAGGUCACGAAAUGAUAUGUAGAGCUGUCACAUUAGGACAACAAAGAGACAGGACAUGCUGCAAGCCGAAGCAUCUCCGAGAUCGAAAAGGUCGCGUUGCCCAAAGGCCAACUCAUGAAUUUAAGAGGCAUCUAAUCAUGCCACGUUCCUCUCACCCGGCUCGGUGUUGGUCAUAGCAAAGUAUGGUUACUUUCACAAACGUUGCGUGGCCCAUGGCCCACCAAGUCGGGGCCUUGGAAUCUGCUGACAUCCAGCAUCGACGUCGGACAGACAGAUCUAGAGUCGUGCAUGCCUUUUAGGGUUCAGUGCAAAUGC